AUGACAGAUUGGAAAACGACAAUUACUCCAGAAGAGAGAAAUGGAAAUUCAAUUAAAAUCCUCGAUUUUUUAAUGCAAUGGUACCCAAACUUUAAUAGAGCUGAAGCAUUAGUUAGAGCAAACACAUUAGAAGAUAGAAUUUUUAAUACUCCUGGCAUUAUAUCUAAAAAUGAUUAUAUUGAAAGAAUAGCAAAGAAAAUUUAUGCAAUUGGAGAAUCAUUAGAAGCAAAAAAAGCACAAGCAGGGAUGACUAAUAAUCCACAAACACCAAAUCCAAUGCCUACAACACCAAUAACACCAUUAAUACAACAACCAAUUACACCAGUUCAACAACAGGUACCACCUCAAAAACAACCACAACCAGUAUAUAAUCAACAACAAAACCAACAACAAAAUCAAAAUCAGUAUACAACAACCUAUCCAUCGCCAAAUACACCACAACAAUCAAAUACACCACCCAUUUCAAAUAAUAAUAGUAAUAAUAAUAGUAAUAAUAAUUUAAAUAAUAAUAACAACAAUAAUAUUAAUAAUAAUAAUAAUAAUAAUAAUAAUAAUAAUAAUAAUAAUAAUAAUAAUAAUAAUAAUAAUAAUAAUAAUAAUAAUAAUAAUAAUAAUAAUAAUAAUAAUACAGUUUACGCUCAACCUUUAACUCCUCAACAACAAAUUCAACAACAACAACAUCAACAACAUCAACUAUAUUUACAACAACAGCAACAACUACAAAGAUUAGCUCAACAAAAUCAACAGCAGCAACCAACAAUUAUGCAACAAGUACAAAACCAACAACCAACUCAGCAACAACAACAACAACAACAACAACAGCAACAGCAGCAACAACAACAACAAUUAAAUCAGCAACAAAUUAAUCAAAUCAAGCAACAACAACAGCAACAGCAACAGCAACAACAACAACAUCAACAACCAGUUCAAAUGCCAAGUGGAGUUACAACAAAUAAGCAAUCACCACAACCACAAAAUACACCAUUAACACCACAACAACAACAACAAUUACUUGCUGCACAACAAUCACAUGCACAAGCACAAGCAAACCAAAAUCAACAAUUACAAAAUCCAAAGAGAAUUUCAUCAACCAACAACACUCAUUUAAUGCCAUGUUUACCAUCAACACUUUAUCCAACAGCCACUCAACAAGAUAUCAACAAUAUGUAUUGGGAGAGAGUAUCAUCAAUUAAAAAAUAUAUACCAGAGAUUGAAGCAAUCAUUCCAAAGAUAAUUGAAAACUUUUCACAAUCACAAAAUCAACAACCACAAAAAGUUGAAACUUAUAAAAAAAAAUUUUUAGAUUUUGUUCAAAUGGUUAAAGUUACACCUGAAACUGUUGUACCACCUUUAAAUUUAGAUGAAUUAACAAAUGCUGAAAGAUAUUUAAUGAAUAUGUAUUUAAGUUCAUUAUCAGAAGAAGAACAAUUUAAAAAGAUUUUAGGUACAAUCGAUGAUAGAUCAAAUGAUAAUUUAAUUCAUUUUGAAAAAGAUUUAUUAAAUGCAUUUGAAAGAACAAAGAGAUAUUUUUCAGAUACAUUCUUAAAUAAAACUGGUGGUGUAACAUCAAAAGCUCCUUCAAUUCUUUGGUUUAAGAAUCCAGCAUUAAAUAAUCCAUUCACAUCUGCAACUAAAUGUCAAUUCUCUGAUCCAAUUGUACCAAAAAAGAAACAACACAUUUUAUUGGAUUCUUGGACUCCUGAAUUUAAAAAAAUUAAAAAAGGAAAUUAUGAAAUUUUUGAAAAAGACCAGAAAAUUUAUAAUAAUUUAAAAAAAGAUUUAAUUGAUUUCACCAAAAACGAUAACACUUUAUUACCUGCAAAAUUUAUUGAUAAAGAUACAAUAAUUAUUUCAGAAACAAUAAAUGGUGGCGAUGGUGGAAAUAAUUUGUAUAUUCAUUUUAAUCAAUGUCAAUUUUCAACAAGUUGGAAAGGUUCAAAAAAGAAUCCAGCAAUGUUUGUAUGUUCAUCACCAAAUAUUCAAAUUAGUAGCGAUGGUGAAUUAUUUUCAAUUCAACCAUUAUGUGGAUUAUCAUGGGAUAGAGCAGAGAUAAUUAUCAAACAUUAUAAACAAUCAUUGAAUAGAGGUGAUUUAAUUUCAAAAGAAUUAAGUCAAGUAAUUUCUUUGAAUAGGUAUACAAUUGAGAGUCAUUUAGAUUUAGAGAAUGCAAAGUUUUUUAUUCAGUUUUCAACAAAAUCAACACUUUUAUUAAAAUCAAAAAAACAACAACAACAACAACAAGAUGAAAAGAUAAACAACAAUAAUAACAACUUUUAUAAUUUAUCAAUUUUGUUAGAAGUUCCAAAUAAUUAUCCAUACAGUCCAAUAUCUUAUUCUUUUCCUCCAGAAUAUCAAUUGACACCAUAUUUAAAAGAUUUGGAAUCAAAAAUGAAUAAGGAAUUUGAAAAUUCAAAUGAUUUAAAUCAAUUAAAUAAUAAUAUUAAUAAUAAUAAUAAUAAUAAUAAUAGUUUUAGUGAUAAUACUCAAUUACCAACAAAUCAAUCAAUUGUUGAAUCUUUAAAAAUAUUUGAAAAGGUUUUAAAAGACUUGGUUUAA